AUGGCCCUCUCGGUGAAGGCGUAUUUGAACCCAGAAACCAAUCAGCAAGAAAUUCGUCGUUUUGCUAUCGACGAAGGUGCCUCGGCCAAUUUUGCCUAUUUGAGGCAGAAGAUCGAGCAGGUCUUUCCAUCCGUCAGGGGCAAGGUGUUCAAAUUGUUUUGGAAAGGUAAGAUAAUUGGUUUUCUGUUAAUUCGCUUUGCACGCUCGAUCUCUUGUGACUGGAAAUGUCGAGUUCUCUGUGUUUUGUACCAGUACAAGUUUCACUUAAAAGCUGUUUUCUUAAACAGGGACAGAUACAAAGUUUGGAAGAACAAAUUUCCUAAAGAUUUUAACCAACAGACUAAAGGAUAGAAGGGCCGAUGCCAAUUCUUAUAUCUGUUUUUUAUUCCAAUGUUUUGUUAUGUAACUGAAUAUACUCCAUAUUUUUCUCUUCGUAGAUGCCGACAACGAGAUGAUAACAUUUUCGAGCGAUGAAGAGUUGGUGGAAGCAUUGGGAAGUAUCAGUGGCGAUGUGUUUCGUGUGUUUGUGAAAGGUGGUGAACCGGACGCCAGUAAUGUUGGUAAGAUGUUAUACUUUUUCCAUCUGUUUGUUUUCCAACUGACCGAUUGAAAAAACUAAGCCUCGAGCUUACUGUCGGAUACAAUUAUUUUUUCUUGCACAUUAAUCAAGAAUGUUUUGCAGACAGUAGGUGACGUGGCAGGUCCAACUAAGUAGGUGUGAAAGGGAAAUCUUUUUGCCUGAUCAUCAUGAGCCAGCAGUUACACUGAAUCCCGUUUACUUCCAGUUAAAUUUUUCUUUUCGUUUUUACUUUUUUCUUGUGACUGUUGACAUAUUUUUAUAAGGAUGAACACCAACAUUAUUAAAUUUGCAUUGAUUUUGUUGACUUUUAUAUUUUUCAGAGGACUCAGCUGAACAACAGGACUCUGACACAGCUCACCCUGGUGUGGUGUGCGAUGGUUGUGAGAAGCACAUCUUUGGGAUCCGGUUCAAGUGUGUGGUUUGCCCAGACUUUGACCUUUGCAUGACCUGCGAGACUAAAGGAAUGCAUAAGGAACAUGAGAUGCUACGUAUUGCAACACCAAGAACUCCUGGAGACAACUGGUUCCAUGGCUUCAACCCAUUUGGAUUUGGUCAUCCACCUCACCACCCCCCACGUGGUCACUCACCUCACCACCCCCCUCAUGGUCAUCCACCACACCACCCCCCUCAUGGUCCUCCUCCUCCUCAUGGAAUUCCUCCCUAUCAAUUUGACUUUGGACGUGGAUUUGGCCCAUGGGGACGUGGAUUUGGCCGCAGAGGGGGCCGUGGUCGUUGUGGCAAAGCCAGAGGACGUUGCAACAGCGGAGGAAAGAAAUGUGAUCGCCAUACAGAGGCCAACACUGGAGAGGUUCCUGUUGGACCACCCUUUCUUCAUGCCGUUGGAGAGACGAUUGCGUCAUUUCUUGGGCCUCUGGGUGUAGAGGUGCACACAUAUGCAAGUACUGAGGAAGGUAUGCAUUUACAGAAGCCUUGCACAUCAACUGGAUUGCUUGACUUCAUUAGUAUAGAACAUGUUUUGAUUUUGGCUAGAGGUUGUUAUAAUUCCUAAAUCAGUGAACCAAUAAAAAGUUAAGAGUGUUAUGAAUUAAAUUUUGGAAACUUCCUGUGGGAUAAAUAGCCUUAACUUUAGGAUUGGAAAAGAUGAUUUUGUUCAUAGCUUUGGGUACUAAGGAAUAACACUCACAUUCUUGCAUCACAGAUUUCUGGGAAAUGUUUAAAGAAACAAUUAAUUGUGAAUGGGGAGGAAAUGCUGUGUUUCUUUAAUGUCAUGAUUCUGAUUAUGAAUGCAGAUUGUUGUCAAGGCAGAUGUCAGGAAAGUGACCAACAACCUACUGCAGAUACUGGUCCUGCUGAAGAAUUCACAGAACCAACAGUUAAUGAUGGCAUGAAUGAAAGUGCUCCAGGAAAUGUCACACAAACAAAUGAAAAAGAAACUUCUGCAAUGGUGAGGAAAUCACUUUGGGACAAUUUAUCACAAUCUAACAUAUUUUCUCGAUAUGAAAAAUGGAUUAAGUUCACCCCUAUAAGUGGUGGAGCAUGCUGAAUACUAGACUUGGGAGAUGCCAAACCCUGUGUUAGUAAAUUUUCUUAAUCAUUACAGCGGUACAACUUCUCUUCAUUGUAACUGCAUGACUUGGGUUAUGGUUGGAAUCUAUAAAUGACAGGAAAAUAUGUUACAUUCAAGUUGCAAUGAUCUGUCAAGCAUGCGUUUUUGGGUUAUGUGGGUUUCCACAUCCCAGUGUUCUUAAAUAACAGCAACCGUGCAUAAUUUGAGGAUGGAAAAAAAAGCAUGACCCUCCACUUUUCAAAGUACUUUCUGCCACCCCUUAGAUCCGACAAGGCACUUACCCAUCCAUGGAUGGGGGUAUGUGCUGACAUAUUUGUACCUCAUGGAACUGCCAGCAGUAAUUACUUGAGUAUAAAUAACCUAAGUGUGUUUUUUUUAGGAUGUCCAGCCUCCAGAGGAGUUUGUUUUGGUUGAUGAGAAUGCUGAGACACAAGAAGGAGCCUCUGGAACAGUUGAUGAAGAAGUCCCAUCUGACCCUCUGGAGGUAGCCAUAGCAAAGAUGCGUGCAAUGGGAUUUGAAGAUGACAGUGGCUGGCUGCGACAAUUGAUAACUACCAAGGGUUAUGAUCUCAACAAAGUCCUUGAUGCUAUGCAGUUUGAGGGGAAGAAUUGA